CUUUGAUCUUUCUUUUGCUAUAGUACUAGCUAAGCUAGAUAUUUUUAUUUUAUAAUUCUUUUUUUGCUGGAAUAGAAAAUUUACACAAAAAUUUAUAACUAAAUAUAUGAAAAUACUAUUAUCCAAAUAAUUCAAAAAAUUACAAACUUCGCUGAACUCAAGCAUAGUCCUAGACAAGCCUCGAGCUUUACCUUUGGCGAGAUCGAUUGGGAGAAGAUGAGAAAAGCUUGAUUUUGUUGAGUACCACUUCUGCGAUGUAGCUCGAGUCUGAAUAACAAUAUUUGAUUAAUCUUAAACUUUUUCAUGAACGUGUAAUUGCACUUAAACUUGUUAAUAUUUUUAUUUACGCUUGAUGAUACUUUUGUUACGAUGUAUCAUAUAAUGUUCUAAUAUCUUAAUAAUAAUAUUGAAAUGGAAAUUAUAAGGCUUCACCAACACUAAUCCACUAUGUGAAGUGACAAUAUAUAUAGAAGAAUUAAAUCAGAUGUGUCGUAUCCAAGAAAAAAAGAAAAGAAAAGAAGAAGAAGAUGUAUCGUACUAAAAAAACAAAGGAAUUACAUUAAGAUUUUCAAAGAAAAAAUUGAUAAUUAAUACGCUAAAAAAGUGGUUAUAAAAAAAAUAAAUAGAAGAAAAAUUGAUCUGAGCUCGGCUCACCAUCCGCCGCCGUCUGUCAUCAACUGCCGCGUAAAAGAAGAAGCGUCCGCCGGGCACCGUCCACCUCCGCCUUCGACACACAAGCCUAUCACUUCCCCAGCUUGCCGAAUCCGCUCAGUGAACCGCACGAUUCUGGUAGCUGCAGCAUGGCCGCUUCCUCCUCCGGAUGUUGCCUCUCUCCCCAGAACCGCUGCCGCACUCUCCCCUAUCCAAGCGAGGGCUUCCGGCCACGGGGCGUCUGGUCCAGUACAGUUCCGCUGAGGUCGCGAUUCCCCAAGAACCUAUCUCUGGUGGCGGGUGAAGUGCUCGGCGGCGCUAGCCGAGCUCGAGAGAAAUGUAACGUGUUCAUCGAUUCAGAAGAGAGUGACGGUGUCGAAGAGGGAGAAAUCUCCACGAAGAACGAGCGGUUCGUGCGGUGGUUUCGCGAGGCCUGGCCGUACUUCCGAGCGCACAGAGGCGGCACAUUCGUUGUGCUCGUUUCCGGCGAAAUAGUGGAUAGCCCAUACCUGGAUCCGAUUCUGAAGGAUAUUGCGCUACUUCAUGGAUUGGGGAUCAGGUUCGUUCUGGUUCCGGGAACCCACGCGCUGAUUGAUAAACUCUUGGCCGAGAGAGGAUGCGAGCCUAAAUAUGUCGGCCGAUACAGGAUAACCGACUCAGAAUCCCUGGCAGCUGCAAUGGAAGCAGCUGGGGGAAUUCGUCUGAUGAUAGAGGCUAAACUAUCUCCUGGACCUCCCAUAUUCAGUAUCCGACGCCAUGGUGAUAGUAGCCGUUGGCAUGAAGUUGGUGUCAGUGUUGCAAGUGGCAACUUUCUUGCAGCCAAGAGAAGAGGAGUUGUGGAAGGUGUUGAUCAUGGAGCCACGGGUGAAGUGAAGAAAGUGGAUGUUGCUCGCAUUCGCGAGAGGCUUGAUGGUGGAUGCAUAGUGAUAUUAAGCAACCUUGGCUAUUCCAGUAAUGGAGAAGUUCUAAAUUGCAACACAUAUGAAGUUGCUACAGCUUGUGCCUUGGCUAUUGGAGCAGAGAAACUUAUAUGCAUCAUUGAUGGUCCUAUCUUAGAUGAAAGCAGACACCUCAUCCGGUUCUUGACUCUUCAAGAAGCGGACAUGUUGAUCCGGAAAAGAGCAAAGCAAAGCGAAGCAGCUGCGAAUUACGUGAAAGCUGUUAUGAAAGAAGAUGUUGCAUACGCGAGACGUACGGAGUCUACCAAUGGAACUGCUUCUCAAGUCAAUGGAGCGGCUUUUUCUGAGAAGAGCGGUUCAACCUUUUUGAAUGGUGUUGGUUUUGACAAUGGAAAUGGGCUCUGGGGUGGUGAACAAGGCUUUGCCAUCGGAGGUCUCGAACGUCAGAGUCGAUUGAAUGGUUACCUUGCAGAAUUGGCUGCCGCAGCUUUUGUUUGCAGAGGAGGAGUUCAGAGGGUUCACUUGUUGGAUGGUACUAUCGGUGGGGCUUUGUUACUGGAAUUGUUCCAAAGAGAUGGGAUAGGGACAAUGGUUGCUAGCGAUCUUUAUGAAGGGACAAGGGUGGCUACAGAGAGUGACUUUUCUGGAAUCAGGCAAAUUUUACGGCCCUUGGAGGAAGCUGGGACAUUAGUGAAGAGAACUGAUGCAGAGCUACUUGAAGAACUAAAGUAUUUCAUUGUGGUGGAGAGGGAAAGCCACAUUAUUGGCUGUGCUGCUCUGUUUCCAUAUUUCGAGGGGAAAUGUGGAGAGGUUGCUGCCUUUGCAGUUUCUCCUGAAUGCCGGGGACAAGGACAGGGAGAUAAACUCCUUGAUUAUAUUGAGAAGAAAGCAUCCUCUCUUGGAUUAGAAAUGGUCUUCCUGCUCACAACCCGAACUGCAGAUUGGUUUGUGAGGCGUGGAUUCUCGGAAUGCUCCAUUGAUUUGAUUCCUGAGAAGAGAAGGAAACGAAUCAACCUAUCUCGGAAUUCCAAGUACUACUGGAAGAAGCUAACCCCCGACAAGAGUGGUAUUACUGUUGAUAGGAAGCUCAACUAGAAGUCGACUGAUAAUACAACUGGCUUAUGGUGCUUGAUUAGUCAAAUUUUCCAACACGCCUUGGUGUUUUGACUGGAUGCUCUGUACAUAGGUUGAGUUCUCUGUUGUAUAGUCGUGUUCGAGUCUGAUAUUAUUCAUAAUCAGGGAACCGUAUAAUGUACCGAUGGAUCUGGAAAAUGGACGUGAGUAUUAUGCAACUGAUGCAAAAGCUUAUGAUGAAUGUUGUAAUGGCAUUGAGUCAUGAAAAUUAACUUCCUUUAAAAA